CCAUCGCUCCGAUUCUCCGCAGCUUUCACAUGCGUCCCCACCGACUCCGCGUAGCGCUUGCUGCGCCAAGGUGAGCAUGGUCGUUCCGAUACCUUCUGAACGUCUCACCGCCUGACUGACCCAGAGUCAGGGAGAGAGAGAGAGAAAGCAAGAGAGAGAGAGAGGGAGAGAGACCAUCUUUCCCCUCUCACAACCCAUCUUCCCUUCGCUUGGAAGAGACCGCAGCGCAAGCCGUUUGUUUCGGCAUCAUUCUUUUUUCUCACCCCCUCCUCCUCCUCCUGUUCUCCCUGCAUCCCCCCGUUGCUGCCUGGUCUCCCGGUUUGAAGGAGAAACCGGAGAGCCCGGUCGUGAUUUUGUGGAAAUACAUUUUUGCAUUUUUUUCCCUGCUGGGUGUUGGUAGCGCGCAGUUGGUGCGCGCUUCUGCAAAUUCCGGUGAAUGGUGGAUUUGGCAAACAUGGAGACCGUGGAGAAGGAAUGCGGGGCCCUCGGGGGUCUAUUCCAGGCGAUUGUCAACGACAUGAAGUGCUCCUAUCCUGUGUGGGAGGACUUCAGCGCCAAGGCCACCAAGCUGCAUUCCCAGCUCCGAACCACCGUUCUGGCUGCUGUGGCCUUCCUGGAUGCCUUUCAGAAGGUGGCUGACAUGGCUACCAACACCAGAGGGGCAACCAGGGAUAUUGGUUCAGCUCUGACCAGGAUGUGCAUGAGGCAUCGCAGCAUCGAGGCCAAACUUCGCCAGUUCACCAAUGCUUUGAUGGAGAGUCUGAUCACACCUCUCCAGGACAAGAUUGAGGACUGGAAGAAGACAGCCAACCAGCUAGAUAAGGAUCAUGCAAAAGAGUACAAGAGGUCACGCCACGAGAUCAAGAAGAAGUCAUCUGACACCAUGAAGCUACAGAAGAAGGCUCGUAAAGGGCGAGGGGACUUGCAGCCUCAGCUGGACAGUGCCAUGCAGGAUGUCACCGACAUGUGCCUGUUGAUGGAGGAGACAGAGAAGCAGGCAGUACGCCGUGCCCUGGUGGAGGAGAGGGGUCGCUUCUGUACCUUCAUUGGCUUCCUUCAGCCAGUCGUGAAUGGAGAGAUUGCCAUGCUGGGAGAGAUCACCCACCUCCAGGCCAUCAUUGAUGACCUCACUGUGCUGACGACCGAUCCUCACAAACUGCCCCCCGCCAGUGAGCAGGUGAUUAAGGAUCUGAAGGGGUCAGACUACAGCUGGUCCUAUCAGACCCCUCCUUCAUCUCCAAGCAGCUCUGGCUCACGCAAGAGCAGCAUGUGCAGCAGCGUCAACAGCGCCCACAGUAGUGCCUCCCGUUCGUCAGGAGGAGGCGGUAGUGGUGGUAUUGGCGGUGGUGGUGGAGGUUCCCAACCACACUCACCCACCUCCUCCUCCUCCUCCUCCUCCUAUCGAUACCGCAGCAGCCUGCCACACCAGCCUCCGCCACCAGGGGGCAUUGCGGCACACCGCCUCAGCAGCGUCUCCUCCCAUGAUUCGGGCUUCGUGUCCCAGGAUGCUAAUAUCUACUCCAAGCCCCCUUCACCCAUGCCCUCGGACAUCACUAGCCAGAAAUCAUCCAGCUCAGCAUCAUCAGAGGCCUCAGAAACAUGCCAGUCAGUCAGUGAAUGCAGCUCCCCUACCACUUUUGGCUCGUCCUUCGCUACCUUCCGCCCCGCUCUCUCUCACUCUGGCUCCACCAGGCCUCUCUCUGUCAUUCUUCCUGUUCCUGCGUCCCCACCCUAUACCCGCCCCCCCGGAUCCAGCUCCUCCUCUCCCACAUCAAAGGUUCCUAUCUGGAAGGACUGGUCCAAAGCAGGUCAGUAUGAGCAGCCGGUGGCUGCAGCAGCAGUCCAGAGGAGAAAGGAACCCCUCGAUAGGCUGAGGGAGAGCGAGGCAUCGCCGGGCUCCCAGGGGUACGCCGGGCCAUCGCACCCCGAUGAUGGGCAGAGACCCAGGAUGACCCCAGCUACUAUUGCUGCCAAGCAUGGAGAGGAGGUUUCACCAGCAGCCAGUGACCUGGCCAUGGUGCUGACCAGAGGACUGAGUAUGGAGCAGCAGAAAAGCAGCAGAGACUCCCUGCAGUACUCCAGUGGAUACAGCACAGAGACCACAACCCCAUCCUGCUCUGAGGACACAAUCCCGUCACAAGGCUCAGAUUAUGACUGCUACUCAGUGAACGGUGAUGCUGAAGGUCCAGAUGGACAGACAGACUUCGACAAGUCCUCCACCAUUCCUCGCCACUCUAACAUCGCACAGAACUACCGGCGCAUGAUCCAAACCAAGAGGCCAGCCAGUACAGCCGGGCUACCCAGUGGUGUUCUUGGUCCCGGGGUUCAUGGGAUACCAGGACAACCUGGUGGAGCUGGUGGAGGUGGUUCAGGGACUCCGGGCACUGCCACCAUCCGGCGAACCCCAUCUACCAAACCAGGCGUGAGGCGCACACUGUCCAAUGCGGGUCCCAUCCCCAUCCGACCACCCAUUGUGCCUGUAAAGACACCCACUGUUCCUGGAGACUCACAUUCACCUGGGGCAGGUGGUGGUGGGUAUGCAGGUGGAGGGCAUCCAGGUGGUGUGCCUGUGCGUGUAGGCAGUGAGGAGUGCGUGUUCUUCACCGGAAUGGAGGACACACAGGGUGCGCUCGAUUAUGUGAAGGCGUCACCCAAGCGCCUCAGCCUGCCUAACACCGCCUGGGGAUCAGGGGCGGCAUUAGAGGUCUACGCCCAGCAGCAUGGGGGCCUUGCAAUGGGAACAGGUUCAGGGGCCGGAUCAGAGGAGGAUCAGAUGAUCGCGGCCAAUAGGCACAGCCUAGUGGAGAAGAUCGGCGAGUUGGUAGCCAGUGCACACGCCCUUGGUGAAGGGCAGUUUCCAUUCCCCGCCCUCCCCGAUGACCCGGCCCCGCCACCGACUGGGCCCACCGACACUCAGACAGGGACAGAGGACGCAGAAGGGUCGGGUGAUAUGUUGACCACUAUCAGGAGAGGAGUCCGCCUUCGCAAGACCGUCUCCAAUGACCGCUCAGCGCCGCGCAUCUUGUGAUGGGAGGAGAAGCAAGAAGAAGGUGAUACUUGUCAGCCAGUAGGGAGUCAGGUGUUGGUGUGGUGCAACCCAACCACCUAGUACAUACACAAAAACUUAACCAUGUAGGGAAAGCUAUAAUAUAAAAGAUGAAUGAAAACAAAAACAUACACAAAAAAUAAGUUUAAAGACACCAUUAGAGUAAAUGAUAUACAAUAUUAUGAUAAUAAUAACAUUAAUAAUGUUAAUCCAUGCUGACAAUUAAAAGUUAAAUACUGAAUAUUGACAGGCUCCUAGCAGGCCACUAUAACUAGUGUGUGUUGGACGCAUGUUUGUCUUCUCUACACCCUCACCCAGGGACGGAAAGACUUGCAGGAAAAACAGAUAAGAUUUUAAAAAAAGAGGCCAAGAAAGAGCGAAAGACUGGGUUCUGUUCUGUUUGCCAACUUACACUUUUCCCCAUCCUCUUCUCCAACUAACCCGACCAUCUAAUCUGAGAUGAAAGACUGAUGACUGAAGGAGGGGGCCAGUGAAGGCGAGAGAGUGAAGGGGGUCAGAGUGCCAUGUGACCAGUUGGACAUGAACCUAGGCUGUCUCAGCAACAACACACUGUACUUAUUAGCCCACUGAACUGAAGCUUUGGUAUUAGCACGGGGAGCUAACAAGCCAGAGGGCUCCUCUGGUUCAUCCUAAUGUAAAAGAGUCUUUAAAAAAAUACUGUUGGCAUUGAACCGUGCUAGUGCCCCCUUCCCCUCUCUCUCUCUCUCUCUCUGUGUAGUGUGUGCGUACGUUCAUGUGUAUGCGUGUGUGCAAAUGUGAAAUAUGAGCGUGUGUGCACAUGUGAUUGGCUGCGUGUGUGUGUGUAUGCGUGAGGGGGGUGGGUAGAGCUCUGCUGCAGGACAGCUGGUUACCCAAUGAGGGCAGGGCUUUUCUCCUGUGUGUUGUGCGUGUACUUUCUUGUUUAUAUCGUGACGUCAUUUACCUUGUUGCCACUGUACGAGAGAUGUAAGUUACGACAAGUAAUCCAGGCGUAUAGAUAUAUUCAUAUAUAUUUUCUAGAACCAGAGAGAAAAUGUUAAAUCAGAAAUGGAGCAAUAAAUGUGUUUUAUUUUCUUGUUUCGAAAAAGAGGAUUGAUGGAGUGUUGUGGAUUCUCCUUUGUCACAUUCAGGCAAUCAUCAGGAAUGCUAAAUUACACGUCGACUGUGAAUUCAUGCCUAGCCAGCUUUGGCGUUUCUCUCUCUCUGUCCCUGUCUCUUUUGAGGGGAGGAAAUCGAUUACAAAAAUGCUGAAAAAAAGGAAAACUGUAAGCACUUUUAAGCUGGUAGGGUAUGUACAAUAGCCACUAGGUGUUGCUGUAGUCAUGCUGUCUGAUAGGGAGAGUGAAAGUGAGAGAGAAGUUGCCAAUAAGACUGUGUCCUGAGGAAAUUAUUUUAUUUGUAGAAGAAGACGAAGACAGGAAGGGAACAAGAGGAAGUGAUAAAGACUUGUGGAAUUGGAGUGAUUGGUCAAAUGAGAGAUGGGAUAAGAAAGUAGAGCAAAAUACCUACCUAAAAAUGGAUUUGAGGUUAGGGCUCUUCAGUGUUGUACAAGCCACGGCCUGCUGUGGUCUGCGAAUGGUUCUGAAGGUUUUUAUGAUGUGGUUGCACUGGUAUCUGAAGGAUUGAACACACAAUGCAAAAAAUACACUGCUCAGAUAGGCCAGACUGCUUUUGGAAGUAGGCUUUAAAGUCCUGGUUCACCCUGUAAACAAACAAAUUUUCUCAUUAGCCAUGCAAACGGUCCAGGUUUUAUUUGUCCAGGUUAAGAUAUCUGUCUCUGACAUUUCUGAACCGAGAGACAUAACAAUGGUGGCAAACAUUAUUUUGUUUGUGGUACUCACAGCACUGAAAAACAACACUAAACAGUUUCAAGAGCUACUUGUCUCCCUACUCUAUAUUAGAAAGCAAGUGUAUGCGCAUGUUAAAGUGUAAAUACAACCUGGCUUAUCUGCAAAUAUGGUCUUACCAAUAAAAAUGGUAUGUUUUUGCAUUGUGGAAAAGCAAAGUGAAGCCUUGAACAUAGCUGAAUAACAGUCUUUUGCCCCAGAUUGGCUUAGUUAAAACCUUCCCCCUUCACAAAAUGAACUACAGCAAUCUUAUGUCAUUUAAAAGGAUACUAUACAAAACAAAAGGUUGUGCAGAGCACUAUAGUUGCAAUAAUAUUGCUAUAGGAGGCAAAAAAUGAUGAAACGCAAUGAAGAGAACACAAAUACAGUUGGUUGCUAACAGUGCUGAACAGUAACAAAUUACUUUGGAAAAUGUAGGGAUUACAGAUUUUAAAAUUCAGAAAUUUCGUUACAGUUUACUAAUCAGCAAUUUGGGAAUCAGAAUGUUUGCUGUCUCGCAGAGAGUUUGAUGGAGCAUUGACAUCAACGUCCUCUCUGACUGCAGCUGGACACGUUAGCUUGGCACAGGGGCAGGAGGUUUGGGGUGGCGGUGAGCCCCUGAGAGAGAUAAAUGCACCUUCUGGUAACUCCAGAGUUGUCUUAACGUUUUUAUAUGUUGUGUUUUCUUUGCUGCCAGUUAACAACUGGUAGUUUUGCCUUUGAUCAAGCCAUCAGUUGAGGAUAGGACUUCUCUGGCCAGUCACUGGGGCUAAGCUAACGUUAGCCGCUGAGAGUACAGAAUACAGGAAAUGUGAGGAGUGGCUGUGGAAGCUUUGAAGCUGUUGAAAGACCUGUGAUGAAGUCGGACUUAGUACUGGAAGUAAAGUAACAAGUAACCAACUACUGUUGCUGCCAUGUAAUGUUUAACACAAAACAUUUUUCAUGUACUUUGACCAAUACUGGUUACUAAAGAGUGAGGUCACCUGAAACGUAAGCACAUUUAUACCAGCAUUAUUCAGUCACAGAAAAUAAAUGUACUUCCAGUAAUUAAGUUCCUUUAUUGAUUGUUGUGUGAGCACAUCACUGCUGUCUAAACUACUCCAGUACAGUUCAGCUCAGUUCGGUGCACAUAACACAGUUCAGCUCAGGACGCGGCUGCAUGAAAGGAUUAUUCAUGGACAUUAAUAACAGGUGAAGCCUGAUAAUGUGUUCUGAUGACGAAGAAGCUGAGUGGUUUAAAUUAGACUUUUCAGGCUGACAGAGAGAGGACCAGAUGUGUGGAAUGAGCAUUUCACUGCCUGUUCAUACAGUAUGUACUGUAUGUGCUGUACUUGUAAUCGAGAAUCAGGCGCACAGAUUUGGUAUAAAGGUUUGUUAGAAAAUAUUACAUUCAGUUUUUUGUUUUUUGUUUUUUUUUCCAUUCUGAAGUACUGUUUGAAUAUUUAGUCUGACUUUUAAUUAAUGUAAAAAGAAGAAAAAACUCCAGUUGUAACACAAACUACUACGCUGUGUAACAUGUGGAUGCAGGAUGUGUGGGCUGAGAGUGAGUGUGUCUUUGUUUGCCUGUUGAACUGUAGGCUAGUGAACUCUUCAUCAACACCUCUGUACGCGCUUCUAGCAGUGACCUGAACAUAGCCAGUGACAUCAGCUCUUACAUGCUCUUUUUGUCGACUUGUUUAUUUUUUGCUGAAUAGAGCACUGUUUUAGACACACUUGUGGCUGUUUAAUAAGAAAAUUAGGAUGAUUUAAUUUAAAGAGACAGAGAGGAGAAUGUUUGCAAUUAUUAAACAUAGUCACCCUCGGCGAGCACUUUUUUUUUUUUUUGUUGAACUCUGAAACUGCUUCAGCAAGGGGAUGUUUUUUUUUUUUUGUCUGGGGGAAACUACUGUAUGUGUGUUGUCACAUGCGGAUGCUGUGUGAUGUAUUAGGUGAAUCUGACUGGGUGAGAGGGUGGAAGGGGAGAGCAGCGGGCUUGGACUUCAUCCCCCCCCCCCAAAAAAAAAUUAAAUGUUUUGGGUGGUUCAGUGAGAAAAUGUUCAUCUGAAGUGUUUGUAUAAGACCGCCUGUCGAGGUCACACUGUACAUGAAUAUAAGUACGUAUGCUGAAUGUACUACAAGCUGGAGGGUGAUAUCAAACUGUACAUGUGUGACUUGUUUGAAAUGUUGCAAUGUCCGAAUUUUGUUCUUGUACAACUGAAUGAAGUUUCCUGUCUGAACAUCAGGAAAGCAAUACAGGGGUAGUGUGCAUGUACGUACAUUCACAAUGAUGUUCCUGUGUGGGUAUGUUAAAGGAAAAUACCACUGUUCUGUCCACUCUAGGAUACCUGUGUUCCCCAUCUAAAAGCUAUUCCAUAUUGCAUAGCUCUAACGGUAUGAUUUGAGGUUGGAGUUUUGAGACUAUACAUCCAAGGACACUGCUAGAGUCGAUUCCACUAGUCUGAAUGUGUAUGUGCUGUAUGUUUAUUAAUUCAGCGAACUGAAACUGAACUCACUGCCAGUUAUCUACCAUAAGUUAUUGCUUGAAUAAAGGGUUUAUAGUGCCCUGCAGGGCAGACACGCUGCUUAAUUCCAAAUGAUGGAUAAAAACUCAGGACAAGACAAGGAUUCUAUAAAUAUAGGGUUUUUCGAAUUGAUUGAGAGGUCAAGACAGUCAGAUCUAACUGCACACACACUGUCAUGCAACGGGACGACUGGCUAUAGGAUGAGUGUGAGAUGAGAGUAAGAUACAACACUGCUAUUUUCCUUUAAAUUGCCCAAUUAACAGCACAAAUUUUAUCUAACUAAACAAUAAUGUCUUUUUUUUUAACAUGCUGAAUUAACUGUGUACUGAACUAACUGUCUGAACAAGCUGAAAUAACUACUCUGCUACAGAUGUGUCAAUAUGCCCAUUUCUAUGAGUGUACAUGUAUGUGGGUAGAAGUAGGCCUACCGGCACAUGGGCGAAGCAGGUGAUACAAUAAAAACAGGACACUCUGGAGGAACAUACAUUGACACAAUGACAUGCGUGCAGGCAUGCGUGGGUACACAUAAACACACACACACACACACACACAUACACACACAAUAAGAUAGACACAGAACACAAUCCAUUCUUCCCCAACUGAGAAAACUACACAGUCCUAACAGCAGCAUGUCUAAACAGAACAAGCUAUGUCAACAGGAACAUUUUAACUCAUUUGAACUUUCAGUGACAUUACCACAUUUUAAUUUCUUUAGCUAUUAGCUGUCUUGUUGCACAGCAAGGCCAGUGUGUGAGCUUGACAACAUCUAGAUAAAUACAAACAUGGAACAUGGUGCAGGUAGUAUACGUUUUACAUACUUGAUUAGAAGUUGAAACAAUGACUUCACAAAAUACUGUCUCUCUCUUCAUAUAUCUUGUCCCACAGUGCUGUUGAGUAUUGAGUUUGUACAUAUGACUGAAAUCAGCUCACACAGACUGUCAAAUGUUAAAGGAAUUGUUUGACAUUUUGGGAGACACUCCGCUUUCUUGCUGAGAAUUAGAUGAAAAGAAUGAUACCAGCAGAAGCUACAGCCGGUAUGUUAGCUUAGCAUGAAAACUGGAAGCACACGCUUACCCAAACAUAAAUAAUCCACCAGUGUCUCUGAAGUUUGCUAAUUAGCAUUCUAUAUCUUGUUUGUUUUCUGCACAAAACCUGAGGUGUCAAACCACCAACUUGUGCUUUUACAGUGGGUUGAUGUUCUGGACUAGUUCUUGGCCAGGAACAGUGACUUCCUGGACACCCUGUUGUGUGGCAUCCUCACCAUGAUUAGGAAGAAACAAAACAAUCCAAUAUGUUGAAAUAUUCCUUUAAAGGACCAGUGUCUAGGAUUUAGUGGCAUCUAGCAGUGAGGUUGAACAUUGCAACGAAUUGAAUACCACUCCCCUCACCCCUCUCUUUCCCAGCCUGUAGGAGAACCUAUGGUGGCCUUCAGGUCAUGUAAAAAAGCAAAAGGCCGUCUGAAGAGCCAGUGUUGUCCGUUCUGGGCUACUGUAGAAACAUGCCGGUGCAAGAUGGCAGGCUCCAUGGAAGGGGACCUGCUCCUUAUGUAGAUAUGAUAUAAUCCAAAACACACCAGUUCUUAGUUUCAGGUGAUAAUACACUGAUGAAUAAAUGAAUAUUAUUUUCCAUUUCUGCCAGUAGAGCCCCUAAAUCCUACACACUGGUCCUUUAACAUUUAAUGAAAACUGUGAUUAGUCUUUUGAGAUGUUGGAACCACGGUUGGAUUGAGGCAUAAUAACUCCACAGCAACAUUGUCUAAAAAGCCUGAAGGUGUCUGAAAACUGCCAAUUAACUAAGUAUGGAAUUUACACUUCCACGCUCACGUCUUUGACCAACCAGAAUGGAAAAUGGAGAAAGCAAAAGAGAACUGAAUUUACAAAUCUCUCUGAUCCCAGACUUUUUUCUUUUUUUUUUUUUACAUCUGCGUUUUACACCUCUUUAUUAUCUUCCUCUUUCUUUUCUUACAAGGCCCCUCAACCUCCAUCCACUGAUCGGUAUACCCAGGGAUGCUAUUUAGCUGACAAGUUAGAAAACAACGCUUGUCAAGAUGAGAAUCCCAGUGGCUGCACUCUGCCUCUCUGUGCCUCACAGCCCAUCAAAGCUAAUGAAAAAUAAUUCUGAUGAAGUCUUUAUUUUCACCACAGUCUACAGUGAAUACAAGCUCAGCUCUGCUCCUCUCUCUCUCUGUCUACCCUCAACUCUCCACCCUCCCCUCUCUCUCCGUGUGUGUGUCUCUAUAUUGUAUGUCAGCAUGCAUGUAUGCAGCGCUUCACAUGUGGGUGUGUGUGGUAAUGGCUAACGGGUGGUAUCAUUAUGGGUCUAGAGUGUGCUGUUCAAAGAAGGGCUGGAAGCGUUAGCAAGGGCAAACUUCUCCCUUCUGAACCAGUAACACACGCAGGUUUCAAAGCAAACAGCUGGAUGUCAGAUGCUCCAUCUCAGUGCUAGAUUACAUUUUAAUUAAUCUUGAUCAAGCUCUUUAAGACAUCUUUUUGGCUUAAUCUCAAAAACGGCUCAUAUUACUUUGAUGGUUUCUUGGUGAGCUUCUGUCAAAGAAACCUACAAGAUACAAGUGCGAGCAGUAGUUCGACAUACAGUGGGCCAUGUUACCCACACGGCCAUCACAUAAAAUCCGCUGGUAAACAGUGUAGCCAUUUUCCUGCUUUUGAGGUUGUGCUCUUUGUGCAAAAUUUUGGCACCAGUGUUAAUCUGUAAAUCUGUAUCACGCAUUUGUGGAAUAAAGGUGAAUUAGUCUCCGUGCACCAGCCAACUUAAAAGCUCAACAUACAUACAGGAUCUGAAAAGAUGAGAUCUGGAGCACAUUGUAAGAAUAAGGGUUUGAUAAGGUCCUGCAACUAACAUUUGGACAGAGAGCAUUUCUUCAUCAGAGUCUCUGAUGAAGAUCACAUCCUCCCAGAUCCAUAUCUUCCAUAACCUCCUUUGCAAGCCAGUAAAAACUCAGUAUCAGUAAUCAGCUAUUCUCCAACUACUGUUUGAGACAUUCUGAGAUAAAGGAAGAUCUUACUUACAGCGAUCGACAGCUUCCCAGAUGUGACACCAUGGAACUAGAGGUAGGGUAAAACAGAAGCAAUCAAAAAAACAAUCUGCCUGUUGAUGACUGUAAAACAUUCAGCCAUGGCCAGCUCACUCAGUAAUCUUGUUGACUGUCCGCACUUUCGGUUUCCGUGGUUACUCAGAUUUAUAGGAAAAUGGCAGACUUCCACUGUGAGCAUUUGCUCACAGCAUGAACGCGCCAUUAGAAAUCUAUGUGGAAAUUUUGUGGACAACAGCCUUGUUUGUGUUGUGGAAUGACUCGUCCCACAAACUCUGGUUCCCUUCAAAUAUGUAUAAACUGGAAAUUUACUGUAUGUACUAUAUAGAGAAAAAAUAAGCUCACCCAUUCGAAAUAAUGGAAGUAAUAAGAAAAGAAGACAGAAACUGUGCUUACCAUUGGAGGACAGGUUGUGCUGUAUUUAUGAUCAGUCCAAAACAAGUAUUGUGAAUUUGCUAUAUGUGCAACCCACUCCUUUAGCCAUCUGCCCAGGUUAUAUUGAAUGUGUACUUCGUGUGUGUCCGUGAGUCUGUGUACGUAUGUGUGUGUUGCACAAGGACAUGUGGUUAAGACCCCUACUGUUCCUCCCUCCCACCUCCUACACACAAUCUGUCAGUCCUUCCUGCUGUCUAAUACUGAAGAAAUCCACUACACAUUCACACACACACAAUUACACACACUCAUCUGAAGUAAACGUGACUAAGGUAGAUUCUCGGAGGCUACAUGAGGGUCCACUGAAGUUCUCCGGGGGAUCGUGAUGAAACACAUUGCAACUUCCUGUCAUACAGCCAUGCAGAACAGAGUGGCCAAAGUGGCCUCCUGGUGCCACUGCCACUGUAACUAAACUGAAUGUCUUAUUGUCAGUACUCCAGUUCUCGGUGGUGUCUCUCGCUCGCUCGUUCUCUUUCUCUUCUUCUUCCACUACAGCCUCCAUCUGCACUCUGCAAUGAAAUCUCUCCACAACUCACCAUUCAGGCAUUGCUAUAAUUUCUAUGGGGCUAUUUCGUUCAAAGGAUAACAUUGUGACAGAGUCGACAUCUGCUUUAUCUUUCUGUACAAACCCAUCUUUUUCUGCUCUCUUCCCCCCCCGAGUAGCCCUGCAGGCGCUGUGGUCUUGUCUUUCUCUCUUUUUUCUGUCCCCUCUUCGGCUCUUCUUCUUUAAUUUAUUGUGAAUUAAUUUCUAAGGUUGUUUUGCCUCUGUCGCUGAUGAUAAGGUUUUCUUUUCUGUCUUCCUUUUUGUAAAAUUCUCCCUUUUUUUUGUUAACUUUAGUCACUGCUAAUGUAACAAAACGCACUGUGAUGAUUCCAGUAUUAAUAAAAGUUGUACUUAA